AUGCCUGAGUCGCAGACGACCCCGGAGCAGGUCUCCAUUGACGACCUAACCCCCGAGGAGGCCAAUCGCAUCAUCCACUCUCAUCGCAAGGUCCGAUAUGGCACAGCAUGCUGGCCGUGUCGCCAGCGCAAGGUGAAGUGCGACAACAAGCAGCCCUGCGAGAACUGCGUCAAGCGCGAACACCCGCAGCUCUGCUCCUACAAGCCGAACCGCACCGCCUCCCACGGCACCAUCCACCACAAGCCCACCGGUUCCGUUACGACGACCACCGACGGCGCCAACAGCGUCGCCGGUGCUGGCGGCGGCGUCGUGGGCAACGGCCCAUCGUCCGCGUCUGCUAACCACCGCAAGAGACCUCACUCGCCCGAGGACGCCGACGCCGACGCCGCUGCAGGCGCGCCGCCCUUGAAACAGGAACCCAGCAGCGCCACCUGGCCGCGCGCCGCCAUCGUCGCCGCCGGCGUGGACGAGACCGAGGCCCCCGAGGCCGUCACGCGGUACCUCGGUCAGAACAGCAUCCCCUCUCUCCUCCGCGAGCAAUCGGCCGCCAACGAGCUCCAGGAGGGCAUCGAUAUCCGCCAGGACAUGCGCUCCAUCCUCGGCCUCGACACUUCGGCGCCCUUCCCGCUCAUGUCGUCCAAGCACCUCGACAGCCUGACGAGGGAGAUAUCCGCCGAGCUGCCCUCAGACCGAGAGGUCAUGAAGCUCUUCCGCACCUACAAGGAGACGCCGCAGCAGUUCUGGGGCUUCGUCGUCGACAUCGACGACCUCGAGUCCAAGCUCAUGGUCUACCUCGAGGAUCGCGCCCGCAACGCCAGCAACGCGACGAGGACGCCCAAACCCGUCUCGGCUUCGUGGCUCGCCAUCCUCUUCGCCCUGCUGGCCGUCGGUUCGCAGUACCACGACUCGCCGUAUCACAUCCGCACGCGGGAUUCGCAAAAGUACAUCCAGAUAUCCUUCCAUUUCUUAAGGCUGGGCAACUUUUUGCUGAGACCCACUUUCGACUCCAUCCAAGCUCUCCUACUAACCAGCUUUGUCCUGCUCAACGACAUGAAGGCAGAGGCCUCGUGGGCGCUGCUCGGCCUGACGUGCAGGCUGGCCCAGUCGCUCGGCCUACACCGCCCGAACCCCUCGGACGGAAGAGACAGCGCCCGGAACGACGGGCAGUCCAAGGAGAUGAUCCGCCGCAAGCUGUGGUGGACGUGUGUGUGGCACGAUACCCUCACAUCGCUGUCUUUCGACCGGCCCCCCAUGACCAACAUCCCCUGUUGUCCGAUCCCGACGGUGCAACACACCAUAGCCGGCGAGUACGGCUACCUCGACACCAUGUACCACCUCUGCGAAAUCAUCUCGCGCCGCCUCAACCCGGACGUCGCGACAUCCGUGAGCUACGAGCAGAUGGUGGAGAACUGUGAGGCCGUUGAAAACCUGCGCAACAUGGUGGCCCCCAACAUCCGCAUCAAGGAGCAGUGCAAGCGGGCCGUCGACCGCCUCCAGCACUACGCCGUGCGCCUGCACACUUCCUUCGUCAUCUCCGUCUGCUGCCGGCCGGCGCUGCGGCGGGACUGCACCAAGCUCACGCCCGAGCAGAAGCGCCACCUGUCGGAAAAGUGCCAGCACAACCUCGCCGAGACGGUGCGCAUGUUCCUCGCCAUGCACCAGCUCUCCGUCAUCCCGACGCGCAGCUGGGCCUUCACCUACCACGGCCUGUCGUCGGCACUGCUCCUCGGCAUCCUGGGCGAGACCAAGAACAGCCCCGAGGUCCGCCAACUGCAGGGCGACCUCAUCGCCGCGCUGUCGGCGACGGCCGCCAAGGAGGCCACGUCGCCGUCGGCGCACAUCCCCAAGACGGACAAGGACAUUGAGCUGUCGGGUCCGCUAUGGAGGGCGCUGACGGCGCUGCGCAACAUCUACGAGCACGGCACCAUCAUGGGCACGUCGCAGCUGAAGGGCACCGACUCGAGCGGCACGGGGAGCGGCGCGAGGACGCCGCUGCCGCCGAUGCUCAUGGGCCCCAUGGCCAACAACGUCAAUGGCGGAGCCGACGGCGGCGGCGUCGGCAAGGGCUUCGGCCUCGACCCGCACCAGGAUGCCGCCCUCGCCAUGGCCGAGAUGCAGAACGGAACCACGCUGGCGGCCGAGUACACGCCCAAGUAUGGUCUCGUUCCCCCGUCACCCGAUUCGCAGUCGCUAAUAAUGAGACCAAGCAUGGGAUACCCGCCCGUCAGCAUGGACAACAUUGCCAACCUGGACCCCUCGACGUACAUGUCACCGAUGGACCUCUACGAAUCGAUCUGGUGGGAAUCUCCCGACCCCUGGAACACCGGCGUCGAUACCAUGAACUUUGAUUUUGUCGCCCAGCCCCCACCGGGUCAGCCCCAGCAACAGUACUAUUUCUGA